AGGAGGAGUAACCGAUCUGACAGUUCGUCAGGGAGCUAACCAGUCAGCGGAGGAAGGAGCUUCCUGGCUCUAUACUUUUAUUAUUGGGGUUGUUGGCCUGUUCGUCGAUCUCCCUCCAACCAUGACAUCCAGCAUAGACGAAAGCAGUAAGGAAAAGAUGCGCUCUGUGUCUGUGGAUCUAAACCAUGAUGCCUCUCUUCUCAUUGACAUUCCUGAUGCACUCUGUGAAAGGGACAAAGUCAAGUUUACUGUCCAUACUAAGACCACACUGAGCUCUUUCCAGAAGCCAGAGUUCUCCGUUCCCAGGCAGCAUGAAGACUUCAUCUGGCUUCAUGACACACUGGUUGAGACCGAGGACUAUGCUGGACUUAUAAUUCCUCCAGCGCCCCCAAAGCCUGACUUUGAGAGCCCAAGAGAGAAGAUGCACAAACUGGGGGAAGGUGAAGCCACUAUGACAAAGGACGAGUACACUAAAAUGAAGCAAGAGCUGGAAGCUGAAUACCUGGCUGUGUUCAAGAAAACUGUCCAAGUGCACGAAGUCUUCCUGCAGAGAUUGUCCUCUCACCCCACUUUAAGCAAAGACAGAAACUUCCAGAUUUUCUUAGAGUAUGACCAGGAUCUCAGCGUGAGAAGAAAGAAUGCCAAGGAAAUGUUUGGAGGAUUCUUUAAAAACAUGGUGAAGUCAGCUGAUGAGGUCCUUAUCUCAGGAAUAAAGGAAGUCGACGACUUUUUCGAGCAGGAGAAAACAUUCUUGCUCGACUACUACAGCAAGAUAAAAGAUUCCACUGCCAAAGCAGAGAAAAUGACCCGUGCACACAAAAAUAUUGCGGAUGAUUACAUUCACGUCUCUGCCACCCUGAACAGUCUCUCUGCUGAUGAUAGUACAGCAAAUAAGAAGCACCUGGAGAAGUUGGCAGACCUGUUUGAGAAGCUCAGAAAAGUGGAGGGAAGAGUAGCAUCUGACCAGGAGCUGAAACUCACUGAGCUGUUGAGAUAUUACAUGAGAGACAUCCAGGCAGCCAAGGACCUUCUGUACAGGCGAGCCCGGGCGUUAGCUGACUAUGAGAACUCUAACAAGGCUUUGGAUAAGGCUCGACUGAAGAGCAAGGACAUCCCCCAAGCAGAGGAGCACCAGCAGCACUGCCUGCAGAAAUUUGACAAGCUCUCAGAGUCUGGGAAAAAAGAACUCACCAGUUUCAAGGGCAGGCGUGUUGUGGCCUUCAGGAAGAACCUCAUAGAGAUGGCGGAGCUUGAGAUAAAACACGCCAAGAACAAUGUGACUCUAUUGCAGGGAUGCAUUGACCAGCUCAAGAACAACUGACAUGGUUUUUUUUUUUUAAAGUAUUUUUGUCCUACCAUCACCAAGUGACCAGUCAUAGCAAAUGAAAACCUGGCGUCCCCGGGGCCUUGCAUGGACAUGAACCUAAGCCCCAUCUCUGCUCCCACCCAUGGGUCUGAUGCCACUUUAAAACCCUGCAUGAGACCAAGUGUCUCGUAAGCAGAAUGUCUUCAUGUUUACAGAGUCCCUGUCCUCUGGUCCGUGGUCCAUCCUUUUCCAUUAUUUAUGGAGGUCUAACUCAGUGUGACUGCCUCCAGAGAAUGAGGCUGCCAACAUUAAGGUCUUCCAUUGUUUGCAGCAUCAAUAGGGCUGAUUUUCUUUUUUCCCUAAUUUCUUGUUUCAUCUUUACAUUAUGCACAUAAUAGAAAAUUUGCCUUUUUGAUGAUAUUUCUUCCUCCGUACAUUCUGACUCUAACCUUCUUUUCUCAUGUCCACUUUUAAAUACCUUUCAUUUUGUGAAUGUUUUUCACGUCGCCAUAACCUACGUUUUAUGCUUCAUAUGCUUAAUCAGCUGGGUUUUUUGUUUUUGUUUUACAGAAGCAAAACUAGUGCCUGUAAAAUAAAAUCAUCCUCAAAACAUCCUCAUACUCUGCAUUCCCAGGCUCUGACACUGGAGUGUAACUAAACCAACCCUCUAGUAGGGAAACUUAUGACUGACCUACAAGACAGUUCAUCUUCAAGUCUAAAAUAGCUUCACUUCACCUCAGGAAUGGACAGUUGGAUUGGUCCCCACAUUCUUGUUGAACUGGCCUCUGAUCCCAACAGAUAUCUUAAGAUGCACAUUCAUUUUGCAAAUAUGGAUGAAAAGAAAGAUUUCUGCAAGAAAUCUGUAAACUAAUAGGCUAUGUAAGAAUCUAGCAUUUUUAGUAAAAUCCACAUUGGUUCAUCACUCAUUACACACCUGCACUACAUGUAUUCUGCCCUCAGCAGCCUCUUUCCCCCAGCCAACUCUGCCUAUAUACUCUUUCCUUUUCAGUGCGUAAUUGUUGUUUUUCUUUAUUUUGCCAUGAAUUCCCCUUUGUUAUUGAUGGGUUCUUGUGUAUCAGACCUGAUAUAUUUACCAGAUCUUCUAAACAGUUUGUUUAUUUUAAACAGUUAUUAAAAAAAAAAAAAAAAAAAAAGAUGCACUAAGAAGAUAAGAAAAUACAUUACAAUCAUGACCAGGCACAGUGGAGUGUUAAAAUGCAUUAUAGUUUUUUUUUAAGAAAUUGAAUGUAUUUCUAAUGGAUUCCAACUGUGUGAAUUCCUUUACAUGAUGCUUUUCUUACAGAACAUUAGCAUUUUAUAAAUUUGUAAUAAUGGCAUUGAAUAAAUCCUACUUUCCCAAGUUU